AUGGUCUACACAAUCGUCGUGCACAUGCGUGCAAAAUCCUCCGACCCAGACGUGAUCCAAAAGCUUAAGAACAAGCUCAUCGAAGCUUCCAGGGUAUAUUCCAAGGACAAGGAGACGGUCUCUUGGCUUGUCAUGCAGUCGGUCCACGAUGAACGCGACUUCACCAUCGUUGAACGAUAUGAGAAGGAGAGCAGUCAGAAGUACCACUUGGAAAAUCCCUACUGGAAGACAUUUGACCCCUACGUUAUACCGUUGUUGGAGGGCAAGAUGGAUCUGAGGAGGUUUGAAGAACUAGACACCAGCAAGGACGUCGUGGUGGAGUGA